AGCUUCUCCAAAACAGCUUCUUCAAAUUUUAUUCAUUAAAUGCCCUCACUCCAUAUCACGAUGCACGCCACAUCGAAUUAGGGCCUGCAACUGCUGCGAGAGCUUGGCUUCUUCUCCAGCCAGCUCUUCUCUUCCGGCUCUUCUUCUCCGAUCAACAGCCCAGAAUCUAUACCAAACACUCCAGACAGAAUCACUUUUUCAGAGAGCAGAAAAUUCUGAUUUUGAUUCUCACUUAAAAAAAGAAGCAGAAUCAGAAUCAGUUCCAAACACCCCUAUGUUUAAUUGGGUGUUGUUCUUCUUUUCUGUGCUGUCGGAUGUUGACAGCGGCAAAAAUUAAGAUUUUCUUUCGGUUUAGUUGCCUUAAUUUAAGUCGGAUUUGCACUGUUGGGUUGUUAAGUUAUCUUUUACUCCGUAUGAUUCUAUUGCAAUUUACAGUAGGUUCGUAAUUGAACAAUAUGUAGUAUAUUUUUGUUCUUUAUGUCUUUCGGCACAGUUAAAAAUUCAUCAUUUUGGCUUUAUCGAAUUAAGGUGUCGAUCAAUCUUAUGAUUGAUAUUUUGGAAGAUGAAUCAUCCCUUGUUUUGCUUUUGAUUUGAAUAAAUAGCAAGUGAUAAUACUAAAAUCACUUAAUACGGAGUGUUAUAAAAAAAAGGAUGACACCCCAUCCCUGAGGGCCCCCCAACACCGACCGGACGGCACGAUGGGAGGAUGUAAAUUGGACUAUAAUCACAAUCUGGCAGAUAGAGAGUGGGGCUCUGUCCCCGGUACUUACAGAGGCCCUAUGCAUUUUUCAGCAUAGUAACUCCUCAUCAUAGUUGCCGGGAUUCGGACCCGAGACCUAACCCUUGUGGCACUCCCUCACUACCAGUUGAGCUACGCCCACCGGUGAUACGGAGUGUUAUCAAGAUAUCAUUGGAUGCGGAUAGCCUUGAUUAGGGAUGGCAAUUGGGCGAGGUUGGGGCGGGGGUUCACUCCCCCAUCCCCCGCCCCGUGUCUAAAAAAUCGCCCCCACCCCCGCCCCAUCCCCCGACCCGCUAGACCCACGGGUACCCAACGGGGAAGUACUCGUCAAAAAUUAACAUCAUUUUAGACUCACAAUUUUUCAAAAAUUUAACAACACUUCUAGUAGCCAAUUUUUUUUUACUCUUUAAGUGUCAAUGUAAUCUUACAUCUCAUUUCAAAUCUAGAGCACAUUAUACGCGUUCUAAAUUAGUAUUUUUUAUCAAACUCUAAAUUAGCAUUGAUUAGCUCGAUAAUAUUUUCUUAAACCCUGCAUUCAAUCAAUCAUGGUCAUUUGACGGCAUCUAGGACGACAUAUGAUCACCAAAUUUUAAGAGCCCUAACUACAAUCAUAAAUAUGACAUUCAAAAGAAAAGAAUUAAUGCAUUAUAAUAGUAAAGGAAAAAAACUUUCACACCGUGUCUGAGGCGUUUAAGCUAAUAUCACUUUAUAACUUUCCCAAAUUCAUUUUAUUUUAUCUCUAAAAAAAUCAUUUUACUUUAUGAUUUUGAUAAGCAAUUUUACAAGAUAGCUUAGUUAUUAAACAAGAAUUAGAUAGAUCCAUUACGCACAAUCCAUUAGAUAGGAAACCACUAAACCCACCGGACCACCAUGCUAUUUUAAUUACUUCGUAUUAGUAUUACUAUUAUUAUUAGUAUUAUUAUUGAGAUUAUUAUUAUUAAUUAUUACGGGGGACGGGGCGGGGACGGUACGGGGGGUGCAUAACCCAUCACCCGCCCCAUAUUUUUGCGGGGAGAAAAUAUCUCCCCCACCCCACCACCCCCCCCCCCAACUCCCCCCACGGGGCGGUUCCCCACGGGCCCCCGCCCCCAUUGCCAUCCUUAGCCUUGACUCAUAAUGAAUCAUGUUUUUUGAGCUAUUAUAUUUAAGGAAUUAUUGUAUAUAAUUUUGUUCUUGAUUUGGAACCAAUUAUUGAGUCGGCCGGAGUAGUAAUUGUGUAUCAAAUUAAAAUUUUGAUUUGGUUCCUUUUUCGGCGAUUCAAUUUUGGAAUUUUACUGGCUUUAAUAAUUCAGUACAUAUAUGUGUAUUACCGGUUAUGGUAAUUAAAUACUUAUAUGUAAUUACGGUCAACAUCAAUUUUGUCAGAAAUACAUAAUUUGGAUAUUAUGGUAUUGAUUAUUUUGUUCGUCAUUGUGUUUUGUGGGAUGAAAAAUAUGUAUUAUGUGUUAUGGAUGCAUAAAUCAUAUUAUGCGAUCGCACAGCGUUUGAGUAUGGAUUUUACAAAUUACUGCUAUACAUAACACAUUUGCAUGUGAUUCGGAGAAAUUCGCCAAAUUUUAUUUUUCAGUUUUUUAUUAUUUAAUAUUAGCAUGUCUAAUAUUUGGGUUGGUUAAUUGACACAACAUGCUGCCAAAGUAGCUUUUCUUGUUGAAAUUAAUUAACUCAUAUAUUGAGAUGACUGUGUACUUCUUAUUUCAUGCGGAUAAUAAUCGGCCCAAAGGAAGGUUAUUAUUUGGCCGAAAUUUAAGUACAUUUGUGAUAAUAAAAUUUGUGAUAAUUAUGAGGUUUUCAUGUGAAUAUUAGUAUUUGACAUGAUUUUAUUAUCAAAAUUUCAUUAUUACAUUAAGAGUACCACUUGCAAGUUUAAUUCGUGUCCAAAGACAUGAUUGGAUGUUGCGCUAGGUAUCUUGUGAUGAGGAUUGCUAAUAUUUAAAUUUAAAACUAAUUAUCAAGAUUAUUUCAGUUUUUAGAGCAUAUAACUUAUAUUAUUUUUUGUUCUCUUCCAGUCAAUAAUUCUGCUGCUACAAUAUCUGCUAAUAUUAAUAGCAUCCCUGUGCUUAACGGCACGAAUUUUAAGGAAUGGAAAGAGAACGUUAUGAUUGUUCUCGGUUGCAUGGAUCUAGACCUUGCACUCCGGACUGAGAAACCCGCCGCUCUUAAGGACUCAUCUACCCUUGAUGAAAAGAGGGAGAUGGAGAGGUGGGAACGCUCAAACCACAUGAGUCUGAUGAUCAUGAAACGUGCAAUUCCAGAAUCAUUCAGGGGCACUAUGUCUGAUGAGGAUGAUGCCAAAUCGUUCCUUGCCGAACUUGAAAAGUGUUUUGCUAAAAACGAAAAGGCGGAAACUAGUACUCUUUUGAGCACUCUUGUUUCCAUGAAGUACAAAGGCAAAGGGAACAUAAGGGAGUACAUUUUGGAAAUGUCUCAUAUUGCUUCAAAACUAAGUGCACUUAAGCUUAUUUUACCUGAGGAAUUGCUUGUGUAUUUAGUUUUGAUCUCUCUUCCUUCUCAAUUUAAUCAAUUUAAAGUCAGUUACAACUGCAUUAAGGAGAAAUGGUCUCUCAAUGAGCUCAUUUCUCAUUGUGUUCAAGAGGAAGAGAGAAUAAAGCAAGAUAAGACUGAAAGUGCUCAUUUGGCAUCUACCUCUAAGGGCAGCAAGAAAAGGAAAUUUAAGGAAGCUAUAAAUUCAAGGCCUCAAAGAAAGCAUCAUAAGGAAACUAAGGAAGAAACUAAGGAAUCUGGAUGCUUCUUUUGCAAAGGGACUAAUCACAAGAAAAAGAACUGCACUAAGUACCACGCCUGGCGUGCGAAAAAGGGUAUGUCUCUUGCUCUUGUUUGUUCUGAGGUUAAUUUAAUUUCGGUACCCAAGGACACUUGGUGGGUAGAUUCCGGUGCUACUACUCACAUAAGUGUAUCCAUGCAGGGUUGCCUGAGCUGCCGAAAACCAAUUGAUGGUGAAAGAUACAUCUAUGUCGGUGAUGGCAAGCGGGUUGAAGUUGAGGCUAUCGGUGUUUUUAGAUUAUUAUUAAAGACUAGUUUUUAUUUGGAUUUGAAAGAGACAUUUAUUGUACCGUCAUUUAGGCGGAAUUUAAUUUCUAUUUCUGCAUUGGACAAAUUUGGUUAUUCUUGUUCAUUUGGAAAUAGUCAGUUCAGUCUAUUUCAAGUUUCAAAGCUUAUUGGUACCGGUCUUUUAUCAGUUUAUGAUAAUCUAUAUUCACUUGAUAUAAUUGCCUCAUACUCCCUCCGUCCCUUGAAACUUUGCUAUCUUUCCUUUUUGGGACGUCCCAAAAAACUUUACCACUUUCCCUUUUAAUCAAUAUUUUGUGGUUUCUGUUAUUUCUCUCUCCUCUGCACAAACCUCAACCACACAGUUUUUACUUUAUUAUUCUCCGUGUCAGUCAACUUUGGCAAAGUUUUAAGGGACGGAUGUAGUAUAAUGAAACCUUGCAUGUAAGUACUCGUGGUACUAAAAGAAAAUUAACCAAUGAGAAUUCAUUAUCACUUUGGCACAAGCGUUUAGGACAUUUCUAAAGAAAGAAUUCAGAGACUUGUGUCCGAUGGAAUUCUUGAUUCUCUUGACUCCUCAAAUUCGGAUAUUUGUGUUGAGUGUGUUAAGGGAAAACAAACGAACAAAAGGAGAUUAGGUGCCGAGAGAGCUUCAGAUCUAUUAGAAUUGAUAUAUACAGACAUUUGUGGACCAUUCCCUACACCAUGUAGAAAUGGUCAAACAUAUUUUAUCACAUUCAUAGAUGAUUACUCUCGUUAUGGUUACCUUUAUCUCAUUCAUGAAAAGUCCCAAACAAUAGACGUGUUCAAAUCUUAUAAGGCCGAAGUUGAAAAUCAAUUAGGCAAAAGAAUUAAAACCGUUCGAUUUGACCGUGGUGGUGAAUACUAUGGUAGAUAUGAUGGUUCCGGUGAACAACGUCCAAGUCCAUUUGCUAAAUUCCUAGAGGAGUGUGGGAUUGUUCCUCAGUACACUAUGCCUGGAACUCCUAGCAUGAAUGGUGUUGCUGAGAGACGAAACCGUACAUUAAAGGACAUGGUUAGGAGUAUGAUUUGUCAUACUACUUUACCGGAUUCACUCUGGGGAGAGGCACUGAAAACUACAGCUUACAUACUCAACAGGGUUCCCACUAAAGCUACAACUAAAACCCCUUAUGAAAUUUGGACUGGAAGGAAACCCAAUAUAAAUCAUUUCCAUGUUUGGGGUUGUCUAGCUGAGGCAAGGCCUUAUAGGCCAAAUGAAAAGAAACUGGACUCUAGAACAGUUAGUAGUUAUUUUGUAGGAUACUCUGAGAGGUCAAGGGGGUAUAAAUUUUAUGAUUCCACUACCAGGACUAUUUUUGAGAUGGGAAAUGCCCGGUUCUUUGAGGAUAUUGAGUUUGGGGGGUGGGGAGAUAAGGUUAGAGAUUUUGUCCUUGAGGAAGAGCAUGUUACUCUUCCUUCAGUUGUCAUUGAACAUGAUCAAGAUAUUUUUAUUCCUAAUAAUGUUCAAGAAACAACUCCAAUUCAGGACAAUCUCAAAAACAUCCCCAAUCAGGUACCUGAAAUUAUUAAUGAGGAUCAAACUCAACAACCUCAAGAACCUGAGGUGCCAUUAAGGAGAUCCACUCGAGAGAGGAGAAGUGCAAUUCCGGAUGAUUAUAUUGUAUUUCUCCAAGAACAUGAGGAAAAUUGGGAGUUGGUGGAAGAAAUAAUUGUCUUCCUCCAAGAACAAGAAUCAAAUGUUGGUUUUGAGGAAGAUGAUCCAAUCAACUUCCGUCAAGCCAUGGAAAGUUCUAACUCUCAAGAAUGGAUUAAUGCCAUGAAAGAUGAGAUGAGGUCUAUGAGUGACAAUGACGUUUGGGAGCUAGUCUCAUUGCCCGAAGGUAUUAAACCCAUUGGUUGUAAAUGGAUAUUUAAAAUCAAGAGGAAUUCAAAGGGCAAUGUUAUAAGGUUUAAGGCUCGUCUUGUUGCUAAAGGCUACACUCAAAAGAAAGGAAUUGACUAUAAAGAGACUUUCUCUCUGGUAUCUUCGAAAGACUCUUUUAGAACAAUAAUGGCAUUAGUGGCACAUUUUGAUCUUGAGCUUCAUCAGAUGGAUGUGAAAACUGCAUUUCUCAAUGGUGACAUUGAGGAAUCAAUCUAUAUGGAGCAGCCAGAAAACUUUGUUUCGGGAGAUCCAAAGAAAAUGGUUUGCAAAUUAAAGAAAUCCAUCUAUGGGCUCAAACAGGCUUCUCGUCAGUGGUAUCACAAGUUUCAUAAAGUAAUCAUAUCUUUUGGUUUUCAACCAAAUAUCAGUGAUGAUUGUAUAUAUCACAAGUUCAGUGGGAGUAAACAUAUUUUCCUGGUUUUGUAUGUUCAUGACAUAUUGUUUGCUAGCAACGAUAUAGGCUUAUUGCACGAAACUAAGAAAUUUCUUUCAAAGAAUUUUGAAAUGAAAGAUCUUGGUGAGGCUUCUUUUGUAUUAGGAAUUCAAAUACACCGAGAUCGCUCCAAAGGCGUUCUUGGACUCUCACAAAAGAGUUAUAUCGAUAAGAUUCUCAAAAGAUUUGGCAUGCAAGACUGCAAACCAGGAGAUACUCCAGUUUCUAAGGGAGACAAGUUUAGUCUCAUGCAGUGCCCUAAGAAUGGUUUUGAAUCUAAAGAAACGAGGAACAUUCCUUAUGCUUCGGCUAUAGGAAGUUUGAUGUAUGCUCAGGUUUGUACAAGACCUGAUUUAGCAUACAUUGUUGGGAUGUUAGGCAGAUAUUUGAGCAAUCCGGGAAUGGACCAUUGGAAAGCAGCCAAAAGGGUCAUGCGGUAUUUACAGAGAACAAAAGAAUAUAUGCUCACAUAUCGGAGAUCGGAUGAGCUUGAGAUCAUUGGGUAUACCGACUCUGAUUUUGCUGGAUGUCAGGAUUCCUUGAAAUCAACUUCGGGCUACAUCUAUAUUCUAGCUGGAGGAGCUAUCUCCUGGAGGAGUAUCAAGCAGGCUCUUACAACGAAUUCCACCUUGGAAGCAGAGUUUAUAGCAUGUUAUGAGGCAUCCAAUCAGGCAUUAUGGCUGCUAGAUUUUGUUAGUGGACUGCGCAUAGUGGAUAGCAUUGAAAGACCACUUAAGCUAUUGUGUGAUAAUAGGUCAGCAGUCCUCUACGCUAAGAACAACAGUAGUUUGACCAAGGCAAAACACAUUGGGGUCAAAUUUAAGGCUGUUAAGGAACGAGUACAAGAAGGAAAGUUAUCUAUAGAACACAUUAGCACAAACUCCAUGAUUGCGGAUCCGCUCACUAAAGGAUUGCCACCCAAAGUGUAUCGUGAGCAUGUUGCUCAAAUGGGUGUCAAAUCAGUUGAAGAUUAUGAGUUUUAGUGGGAGUUUGUAAUGUUUCUAUAAUUUUGGUUAAUUCAGUUUUUUAAGGAUAUUUUCUGCAGAAAUAAAGUAUAAAGUAUAAAGUUUAAAGUUUAAAGUUUUAUGUACUCUUACAGUUACAUUAUUGAUCUCAAGGUGGACUAGUUGGAAAUAAACAUUCUAUUCCAGACCACACUUCAUGUUAUUUCCACGCUACACACCUAUACUUGAUCCAUGUCGUUUAUUAUAUUAAUAUAUGUGAUCAUUGAUGGGUCUAGUUAUGUGAAUAUAGCAAAUACUUCUUUGGUCCUAUGUUGAUAUAGUUAAUGGACCGGAUUGAUUAAAGAUGACUACAGUUUGAUAGCAAAAUUCUGGAGCUUCUAAAGUAAACAUACAAUACUAAGGAUUGUGUAUACAUAUGUGUAUGUCGUCCAAGUGGGAGAUUGUUAGAUUAUUGGACUUAUACUACAUAUAAUAUUCACAAUAUAUUAUUUAUUGGGUUAAUUGUAUGUUAUAUGAUAUCUUAUAUUUAGCCCAAAAAUUAGUGGUCCUAUGGAUAUUAAUUUAAGUGGGCUAAUAAGUUAUCUAAUAAGGUAUAGGGCCCAAAUGUGUAGAGACCCACGGGCUUAACCUAAUUAAUGAUGGGCUGAUUAGGAUUAAGCAUUCUCUAUAAAUAGAGGGGUUAUGGUCCCUAGUUGAACACGCCAUUCCGUCUUUCUGCAUCCCAUCACUAGAGAGAUAAUUCCCGAAGGUGUGUAUCAACUAGAAGACGCAAACCCUAGCCUCCGUCUCCCGGAUCUCUAAAGAUCAUCUCCAAUGGAGUCAGGUACGCUUCCGCUCAGUUAAUUCUCUAGAUAAUUUCAAUAUGAAGAUUAAAGUAUUAUCGGAUUUAUUCCAACAUAUACUCUCAUGCAUUAUGAUUAGAAUCAUUUUAAGCAGGUUAUUUGAGAGUUCCUUUGUAGAGUAUCAAUUUUAUAAGACUGGUGACGGUGGAGAGUAAAAAAACUAAUAAAAAAAAAGAUUAGAAAUUGCUUACUUUGAACGCUGCGUCUUCAGAAGUGCAUUUUUCUACUGCAAGUGUACUUCACAACAGGUUUUGGCAGGAUUUCUAUUGCAUAUUCAUCAAAAUUCAGUGGGUUCAUCAACAACAAAAGUGCCCCUUUAUUUUGACAUGAUUGUUGGUCAUUUAGCUCUUUUAUUUUAAGUGCCCCUUGGUUUAUAAUUUCUAAGUUCUAUCUUCAACUUUUUCUCAUUAUAGUUUGUAUUUAGCUCUUUAAUUUUAAGUGCCCCUUGGUUUGUAUCAAUAAAAAGUUUCUCUCUUUUAAUACACACAAACACAAUUUCCUAAUUUUUAGUGUAGAGUAAGCUCAACUUUAUUUCAUGUAUAGUUAAUUGCUAUAAAGUUUGAACUAUUUAUGGAUAUUAUAAUUAAUCAAAUACUGAUGGCAAAAGCCAUGAUUCUCAUGGAAUAGAUAAACUCAUAACUAUGUGCAUACGUAUAAAAUCAACAAAAUGAUAUUAGAACUAACCACUUAUAAAAAUUCUCGGAAUCUUAUAUUUAUACACUUCAUCAUAAUUUAGCUCCGGUCGAUACGUACUCAGGUUUCUUAGUUGUACUCCAAACAAGAGGUUUUAUCACUCUACCUCCAUCAUGAACAAUUUUAUUAAAGAUGGAGCCUUGUGUUUUGUUAAUUAAAAAAUUCAGAAUCUUUCAUUUUUGUCAAGAUUGUCAAAAUCAUGCUAAGACUAAUGAAAUGUUUGAACCCAAAAAGGAUAGUAAUCCAUUGGAAGAAGUAAUGGCAUCGUUUGAUCUUGCUAUGAACUUGAAGUUUUAUUCCCUCCAAAUAAAUGGUGUGUCAACAAUUGUUUGCACGUAAAAGGUGUGUUUGCUAACUUUGCUUAGAAUUACUUCCAUAGUUGCAGUUUAAAGGGUUACAAUUCCAUCAAGCUUGAAGUUAGUUAUGUGCGAUCGACGACGAAGAAAAUCUGAAAAACUACAAGUGUUGUCUUCAGGGAAAUCUUCAAUAAUUCGUAAAAUGAGUGCUUAAUUAUUAAAAUUAUUCUAAUAUUUGUUAUUAGUAUCUUCAUUUUACGUCUCACGCAACGCACAAGUAGAAUAUAUACUACUCCCUCCAUCCCUAACUUUGUCUCGUUUUACUUUUUCGUAUGUUCCAUUAAUUUUGUCUCAUGCCAUAUGUUGGUACACGAGUUGGACGGCCUGGACUACAUUCAAAAAUGGUUGACCGUGGCAAUCAAUGACGCAUUCAUUAGGAUUAAUGCUAGCUAAUUAAAUCUGGGCAGUUUUAUGUAUAUAAUUAGAGUAGUUAUUGUAAUUAUGACAUAGGUUACUCAAAGGGCUGACCAGAAUUGAUGAUGCAAUAAUGACGAUAUUGAUGUCGUCGUAACGGUCGGACAUGUCGUCGUAACGGUCGGUACAUGUCGUCAACGGACAAAAGUGCAUUAAAUGUAUCUCUUAUAAAUAUCUAGAGGCUCUAUGUAAUCAGCACAUAUUCAGUGACAAAUGCACAUACACUCAGUCUCUACAUUGUAAUUCAAAAGCAUAUUGUGAAGAUCCUUCUCCUUGAUCAUCAUAU